UAACAGGCAGAGUUGCAGCAGAUGGAAAGGUCACGAUCGCAGUAUAUCAAGCGAGGCCAAUAGAGAUAUGAAAGUAAUUAGUUCCAAGCUUCCCAAUUGCAUCCAUCGUCGCCAACACAGUUAAUGCACGUUUAGUGGGCAGAACUUGAAGUCACUGCUGUCAAGUUUCAGUGGUCAAUUUACAUCUUCCCGAGUUCAGUCUACAAAGAUGCGCCUCUUCGUCUUGGUCGUAAUCACUCUGUGCUCUCAGCUCAUCGUACUGGAAGCUGCAGUACCAGUACCUAGAAAUAUUUCUAACAGCUCUGGCUGCUUUUUGGAUGGAAAAAGCUUUCAGGCUGGAGAACAGUAUGACAUUCCAGGGGAAUGCUUCUUAUAUGUCUGCGAGGGUAACGAGCAAUGGAAAACAGCUACAUGUCGGAGUGACUUUGUGCCUAUAGGUUGGACAAGUGUUCCAGGGGACACUACCAAGCCAUACCCGCAAUGUUGUGGCCGUCUGAUUCCUCCUAAGUGAAGACUGCAAUGAAUUUUGACACUAAUAUUAUAUAUCUUGGGGAUAAUUACUAAUCACUGCAAAUUGUUAUUGUCAUUAUGCUUCACUAUAAUAUUACCAACAAACAGCACAAAUAUUGACAUAAAACAAUUACCAAAAAUAAAUAAUAAUAAUAAAAUAAUUACUAAAAAUAUUUUUGGUUAUCAUAUAAGUUUAAAAAUCAUUUUUAACCAACUGAUUACAAUAUUUGGAAAGAUUCUAAACUAAACAGUUUCACUAUGACUAACGUAUGGGUAAAAUUAAGAAGCUUUAGUAUAAGCCUAAAGAUUAUUUGUUAUGACUAGAUAUUAGUAUAGUCUUUCAUAAUUAUAAACAUAGCUUAUUUUAUGCUUUAUGUUAUAUUUAUAUGAAAUCAUCAUGUAAUGUAAAAUACAUAUCAUGUAAUGCUUUAGAUUAAAACAUAGUGUAUCAGGUAUUUAUCAAGAAACAUUAUUUGUAUGACUACAAUAUUUGUUUAUUGCUUAUAACCAACAAUCAGUUUAAAACUCAAUUUAUUUACUGAUUGUACCAUUGCAGUAAGCACUGUUCAAUUUUAUUACUUUAUUAUCCAUCUGGUGAUGGAUUUAAUUAAUCCGAAACGUACUUAACAUAAUUAAAAUAGUAACAGUUUUAUAGGACUUUUAUUUUUGUUAAUGUUUAAAAUAAUGAAAUAUAUUUCCCCGCAUUUUGAUAUUGGUCACAUGCUAAAUAUUUUCUGUUAAACCAAUUUGCUUCAACUAAUCUUGGACAUUCACAUAUUUCACUGACUGUAAUACUUGUCUGUGUAAUUCAAUCAAAGUGGUGCAUAAUAAAUUCAAUUACUAUA